AUGGAAGGUGAACGAGCCGAGGAAGCGGAGAAAUCAAAAGAGGAGAAAGCGAUAUUCGAUGCGUCGGAGAUAGAGUAUGUGAGUUACGCAGGCGAGCAUCACUUACCGCUAAUCAUGAGCCUGGUUGAUCAGGAACUCAGCGAACCCUACUCUAUCUUCACUUAUCGCUACUUCGUGUACCUAUGGCCCCAGCUUUGUUUCCUGGCGUUCCAUAGAGGUAGAUGCGUGGGGACGGUGGUAUGCAAAAUGGGGGAGCAUCGAAACACUACGUUCAGAGGCUACAUUGCUAUGCUGGUUGUCAUCAAUCCUUAUCGUGGGAAAGGCAUUGCUACUGAACUUGUUACCAGAUCGAUCAGAGUAAUGAUGGAAUCCGGAUGUGAAGAGGUAACACUGGAAGCAGAAGUUACAAAUAAAGGUGCACUCGCACUCUAUGGCCGACUGGGGUUUAUUAGGGCAAAGCGACUCUUUCGCUACUACUUGAACGGAGUAGAUGCUUUUCGUCUGAAACUGCGGUUCCCACAACUGGACAUGCACCCAGCUUACAUCGCUGUCCAGAAUGAGUAA